AUCUGGCUGCAAAAUGUCUUUGAAAUGUUGUGCUCAGGUUAUUAUCCAAAUCUACGGAUACUACAAUUAAAUAGAUUUGAUAGUGAAAUUAUACAUAACUGGACUAUUGAAUAUUGAAUUAGACUAAAAGAUAUGAAACUAUAAGGAAAAUAGUGUAUCUUAAAAUGAAAAUUUUCUUUGUUUUGGUAUCAUUAACAUAUUCACUUGCAUUUGGAGUAAUAUUUUCAUUUUUGAUAUUAUCAUAUUCUGAUGAUUAUACAAAAAAAUCAAUAAUCUCAAAUAUUUCCUCGAAAUAUUUAAGAAGCCGAAAUCCGUUUGAGACAAAAUUAGACAAAGUGACAGAAGUUGUGGAUGCAAUGCAUCGUAAGCACGUUUAUGACUCAUUCUACCGACCAAUCAGAAAUUCAUUUGGUGUUAAUUGCUCAAAACUUAUAGAUAAUGAUAAAUAUGAGAUAUUUAAAGCAAAGACAAUAAUGAGUUCUGGUCGUAACACAAAAUCUAAUCUAACUUCAGACUUUUAUUUAAAUAUUACACGUAACUGCUCUUUGUUUCGUAAAACUAGGGGUUAUAUACAGCAUCCCCUUACUGAAGAAGAACGUGCAUUUCCAAUUGCGUUUUCAAUACUUGCAUAUACCGAUAUUGAGCAAAUUGAGAGACUCUUACGUAUUAUAUAUAGACCCCACAAUUACUAUUGUAUACAUAUGGAUUCUAAAAUGAGCCCGACUGAAAAGAAAGCCUUAAAAAUGAUUGCUUAUUGUUUAUCGAAUGUGUUUAUUGCUGGAAAAUCCAUUGAUGUAACAUGGGGAAACUUUACACUAUUAGAAGCAGAAUUAGUAUGCAUGGAAACUAUGUGGCCUUUUAAGGCUUGGAAAUACUAUAUAAACCUUGCUGGGCAAGAAUUUCCUUUGAAAACUAAUCGACAAAUCGUGGCAAUUCUCAAAGUUUUAAAUGGGGCAAAUGUGGUACAAGGGAACAGGAAGACGGAAUAUAAUGAGAGCUGUCCUAUUCACCAAGCGUCGGCGACCUCGUCAAGGUCAAACGUUAGCAUGCAGAAGCGAAUUGGUAUGAAAAAGACGCCCCCACCUUAUGGUAUUCAAAUUACUAAAGGAUCAAUGCAUAUUGCCGCAAAUAGGUUCUUUGUAGACUUCUGUCUUCACGACACAAGAGCACGUGAAUAUUUAGAAUGGUUAAAAAUAACGCGGAUUCCCGAUGAACUUUUCUUUUCUUCACUUAAUCACAAUCCUCAUUUAGGUAUACCAGGUUCCUAUAUUGGAGAAGAUGGAACGUCUUGUCUGAAACCAUUUUUUCUUCGUUUUGUCAUUUGGGGAAAUAAAGGAGAUGGCAAUUGCCAUGGCUAUUAUGUGAGAAAUGUAUGUGUACUUGGUGUCGAAGAUUUAUACAGAGCUUACAAUGGUAUGGAUUUAUUUGUUAACAAGUUUCAUCUCGGUUAUGAACAUUUAGCUUUGGAUUGUUUAGAGGAAGUGUUAUAUGAGUUGACGUGGAAAGAAUUUGUUGAUGAUAUCCAUAUUGAUGCUUCUUAUUACAAACAUUUACAUUAUGUUAAAAUGCAACUGAAAUCUAACGAAAUAUAUUCAUAAACCCUUGCAGUUAUGAUUAAGAAAUAACACGGCCUUCGAAGUCAAUUCCUCCGCAUCAAAUCUCCAGACCUGAGUAAAGUAGUCAAUAAACACUGUUGAGACCGAUAUCAUUUCAAUUCUAACAUGACAAAAUAAGGGAACCAACUUACGUUAUAUUUUCAAGCGGAAGCUAUUUCCGCUGCCGAUUUUCUUAUUGAGUUGUUCUAUUUGCACCUUUAUGUCGCUAAGGUAUGAUAGUUAUUUAACAAUAAGAAAUAAUAAGAAGAAAUAGUUCAUCCAAUUUUUCAUAAAUGAGAUAAUUUUUCUAAUCAAAUUUUCAACAAUUUAACUUUGCGUGCCAGUGUUCAAUAAAUCAUUCUAAACCGCUUCAGGCUAUUAUCUAAUGAAAUAGAUAUGCAAUAUUAAGAUAUCAAUUUACGACAGAGUAGGGCCAGAAGGUUAUAACUGACCCGCAAAAUUAAAAAUGUCUUCGAAGGUUUGCACGCCUUAUGACAUGGGAUAUAAUGUCAAAAAACCAAAGCGACGUCAGGAAAAUUAUUUAUACGCUCAAUGUAGUACAAUGCAUCUUGAUUAACUCUAUUAAGCAUGUCAGAAUGGAUGGAAAAAAAGAUAUCGUUGUAAUAUAGUAAUAACGUCAUUGUAGCGCCUUUGUGAAUGAGUUUUAUAUUUAGGAUGACAUUAUUACGCUGCUUAGGCUAAAAUUGCCGUAGAUUUUUUCUAAUAAAAUUAUAUUAACUGAUACGGAUUAAUAAUAUCUGUCAUAUGUUGCGGUUCGGAUCUGAAUAUCCGUCCCGAGGGGAACCUGUAACUAUUUUCUUACAAGAGCGUCAUCAAUCAUAAAUUAAAAAUUAUAUGAUGGUACUAUACACAAUAUAUUUACUAAAUCCCGAUUUAUUGAAUAUAUGUAUGUAAAUUAAGUUCAAUAUUAUUACCAUUCUUUUGAAUUUUAUCUUACUUAGUAUUUUGUAAGUUAUUUGUGGAUUAAAGAGUGUUGGAGAUUUUGUUUGAUGCGAAAUGCACAUAUUUUAUUCAUGUUGUUUUUGGCAACAAAGCCAUAGUUACUUCUUUAAAUUAUGUAAAUUAUUUAUAGUUAUAUUUCGAAGCGAUUUAAUUUUAUAAUGUAAAGUAAAGACUAAACAAACAAUGGAAUUAAAAAAUGGAAAAAAACAACUUUGCUAUCAUAUCAUUAAUCUCGUAUAAUGUAGAUAGUGACAAUGUGCUCUUUUAAUUAUGUUUUAAUAUGCUUUAUAUUUAUGAUAUGUUGUAUAUAUUGUUUCACAUUGAUGAUCCUUUGAUAAAGAAUAAAAUAAAUAAAUAUAAUAUUAAGUUUGUGUAAGCGCUGUCGUUUUGGUAUAUUGAUAUGACAAUUCACGACAACCAUCAGUUCUUUUUUACCUCCCUUUUUAUACCAAACAUACUUUUCUUAUGUUCAGUUUUAUUUCAAAUUUCGUUCCAGUUGGUGUUUUAUUUGUAUAAAAUGCUCUAUUACUAGGUUACGGAGGAAAUUGGAAAAGAACAGAAAUGAACCU